AUGAAUCUUCAAUGUUCUGUGAUGACUGGUUGUGUCCAAAAAAUCAGUAGCGGUGUUUGUCAAGCCAAUGCAUUCCAACAGACUGGGUUUGUGAUGGACUGCAGUGACGCACCGGAUGAAGAAAAACUGAUUGGUAUUGCCAAAUUUGAUGGACAUAACGUUGAACCUGGUUUAAAUCUCAUACAUAUGAAGCAAAAAUGUUUUGAAAUGUAUAAAGAUCAACCAUUUUCAACAAUUUGUAAUAUUAGCACUGAAUUUCCAUGUAUGGUUGAUCAUUCAAAGGAUCCACUUAAUUUUACAAUAAAUCGUCCUUGUAUUGAUCUAAACCGAAGUGGCGACGUUCAAAACUGUCACAGUCUUUUUACCCGAGAGGACGUACUUGGGACCAAAUGUCGCGAUAUUUGCUCGUAUCUAUCACAAAAUACAAUUAUUGGUGAUAUAGAUGACAGAUUUAAAGGAAAACUAAUUAAAUCUGGCAACUUUCAUGAACAGACAAAAAUUGGUGAUCCAGCUCAAUAUGAUUUUAUGAUUGAUCUAGAAUAUUUUCAACAGGAAAACUUGCUUGUAUAA